AGAUAGCUGUCACCCUACGAAUGUAUAGACACUGUUUCCAUGGGAUUCAUCAUUGUUUCCAGAUUGGUAUCCCGGAUCGGCAGAUCCCAAGGAUCAGUAAGAGAAUAGGGUGAUCUGCAUCGCGGGUGUGGCGUAACUUACGCAAAUAUCAGGAGACCUGCCAGGACAGGAUUGAGUAUACCAGCAAGUCUACAGGAAUACAUCAAUCGAAGGUUCUCUUCCAAUCACAAUGUCCAAGAUCGUCACUGUCUUCGGUGCCACUGGCCACCAGGGUGGUUGUGUUAUUCGCACCAUCCUCAACGACCUCGACCUGUCGAAGGAGUUUAAGAUUCGGGGUGUCACUCGUGAUGCCUCCAAGCCGGAAGCUCAAGCCUUGGCCAAGCAAGGCAUUGGGAUCACCACUGCCGACAUGAACUCCAAAGACUCGCUCCGACAAGCCCUGCAGAACAGCCACUCCGUGUUCCUUGUGACAACUCCUGCCUGGGGCACUGCUGGCUCCGACGCAGAACUAGUCCACGGCAAGAACGUUGUCGACGUGGCCAAGGAGGCUGGUGUUGAGCACUUAAUUUUCUCUUCCCUCCUGCAUGUCACCGGGACGACGGCUGGCCGCCUCAAGCAUGUCCCUCACUUUGAUCAGAAGGCCGAGGUGGAGCGGUAUAUUCGCUCCCUGGGUGUGCCGGCCACCUUUGUUCUCCGUGAAUAUUUCAUGACCAACUACUCCAUGAUUGGCUUCAUCUGGAAGGGCGAGAAUGGGAUCUGGACGCUUGCUUAUCCCGUUGGAAAGGAGGCCAAGUUCCCGCUCAUUGAUAUUUCGGCGGAUAUGGGUAAAUAUGUGGCCGCGUCUUUGAGGAAUCGGUCUGCUACACCUGGUACUCAGCUCCUGGGUGCGGAAGAUUACUACACUCCUACUCGCAUUCUGGAAGAGUUCGAGCAGGUUACCGGAAACAAGACUCAGUUUGUUCUGGUCGAUCCUGAAACAUACAAGAGCUUUAUCCCGGGUCCGAUGGGACAGGAGAUGCUGGAGAACCAUCUGUUCAUUGAAAGUCCGGGAUACUUUAACGGAAAGAGUCUCGAGGAAAGCAAGGAGUUGGUGGCCAAUGCUAGAUACAAGCUUACGACCUGGAAGGAGUUUUUGGAGCAGAACAAGAACUUGUUUGCAUGGCCUGGCAUUGAGGUUAAGAUGAUGCUAGACGGAGGUAGAGUAGAAAUAGUAACAAAUAAUUUAAAUCUAUACCAGAUAUGCAAUUUCCACAUAUUAUCACGUUAUCACAUGCACUAG